AAAACAUUGAACGGCAAAGUGCGCCCUUAACAAGUCGGAGAAAAGAAUCGCGAUGUCAGGUAGCAUCUUAACGCACAACGGACCAACGGCGCCAAUAUAAACACCAGUGCGGAACGGGCUGGAGACAGGGCCACAUUUGCGCCCUCCGACGUCCCAUACCCCCCGCAGUGGUCGCGGCUUACUAUAAAAGGCACCACCAGGGCACCAGGGGUCGCCCGAUGGUAACCCCAGUCAGACGGUUCCAAUCUCUCGAUAGUGUCGUCAAUAACGGUUUACGCCAUGGCGGCAGGCCCCAACAAUACCAUCACCCGAUUAGAUCUUCCGGAAACCACGUGCAGCCGAUGCACUAUAAUUUCAAUGCAACGACGCCGGUGCAACACUCUGAGAGGUCUACUGAAGGGCAGGUUGAUCCACUAGAGGACAUUGGAGAGCUCCCGAUGAUAUCCAAAUGUAAAUGUCUGGUGUAUAUGUUUUUCGUCUUGAUAGUCAUGGUAGCAGUAACCAAUUAUUUUGUUUAUGGGUACCCUUUUGUCAUGGGGCAAAUUACUUUCAUGGUAGUGUCGUCUGUAUCUGGCAUAUUGCUGUUAAUUGCGGGCAGCUAUUUCUUUGUAUUUAAAGACUUGUGGGAAAUAAGACGGGAGUCACGCCUUCGCAGGCAGCAACUGACCAAUAACACGGAACAAAACCAGCAGCUCUUUCAGCCCCAAGUAGUGGUAGAAGAGCCUCCGCCUCCGCCGCUGCAAGACUCUACAGAAGACCCGUCGGAAAUACCCCCGCCUCCUUAUCACAUAGCUAUACUUUUGUCUCCGCAGAGCGAUCUAGACACGAUCGAUAUUAUCCAAGAUCAGUCGCCUCCCCCGUCCUACGAGAAAGCCGUCACCUGAGUAAGGUAAUAGAUG